AUGGCAAUGGCUGUACCACCGAAACACGCCAAGAAUUAUGCUUUCUGGCUGUACCACCGAAACACGCCAAGAGUUAUGCUUUCUGGCUGUACCACCGAAACACGCCAAGAACUAUGCUUCCUGGCUGUACCACCGAAACACGCCAAGAACUAUGCUUCCAAGUUUGAUAGUAUACUAUCUCUAUGGAAGUUUCGAUUCUUCCAGGACCGAAUACCGAAUGGAGCUAACGUGCCCCACCCUUGUAGACCAGGAGAUGUCUGGAUGGGGGUCGGGCAUGAAAAUGAGCAAGGAGGAGGUGUCAGAAAUGUAUUCGGUCUUGAUUUUCAUGCGAAUGGAAAGAAAUGGGACAGAACUCUAUGUUUGAAAGACAGCGACGGGGAUGGACUGUCAAACGGACAGGAGCUCGGAGACCCAGACUGUGUUUGGGAGGUCGGCAAGGAACCAGCCCAGAACACUGAACUCUCUCACCCAGGUGUCUGUGAUCCCUGGAACAGCCUUGAAUGCAAGGACAAGACAACAUUUUUCAAGUGCGGCUCAAAUAAGUUGGAUUGUCCGGCUAUACAUGAAGAAGGGACGACCAAUGUAACAUUCCGACUUCCUGCGGAUACACCAGUUGAUUCUCGGGAAACUAUAUACAAGUGUAUGGUCUUUGAUUAUCCUCAAGAUGGCGACUAUCACUUGGUGGCCAAUGAGCCCGUGCUUGACAAUCUAAACAUUAUGCACCAUAUUCUGCUAAUGGGCUGCGACGGAACAGAUACAGAAAACCCACCUGGAGUACCUUACGACUGUGCGAUGGAAGUAGACAAGAACUGCAAAGCGAUCAUAGGGAUCUGGAGCUUCGGGAUGCUAGGGGAGUGUGCCCACAGGGACAUGGGUUUCCGCAUCGGGAGGAACGGAUAUAAGCGAGGAGUGAUUCAACUUCACUGGAAUAACCCGGAGCAACGAUCCGACUAUACAGACAGUUCUGGUAUGGUUUUACAUCUGACCAAAAAGUUACGACAAUACGACGCCGGAAUCCUAUCCGUCGGACAAGACCAUCUAGUUAUUCCACCAGGAGAGGAACAUGUUCAGUUCACCGGCGUAUGUUCGUCUGAGUGUUCAAAGUGGCUUAUUAAGGAUGAAGUUAAAGUUCCAGUAGCAUUCAACCAUAUGCACGGGCUUAGUAAUGAAACAAGCAUUAUAUUAACGUACACUUAUCGAUUGACUUGCCGGUCUAUAGUCAAUACCAUUUGUCUGAGGUUGCAGAAACGUCAAGUGAUUUUUUUUUCACGAGGCCGAGACACGCUGUUAAAUGAUUUUUUAAGUGUUAGGAUCUAUCAUGUAAUUAAACCAAGACAAAAAAGUAAUUAUUUCUUUUCAUCAAAGUGGGUUUCUCAGAAGGUCGAGCUGAUUCGUGAUGGAAGAAAAAUUCAGGACAUAACGUACGAUCCUAAAUAUGAUUACAACACACCUGAAUUACACAUUUAUGAUACACCAUUGGUCCUUAAACCUGGUGAUGAAAUGAGGACAGAAUGUAACUUUAACUCUAUGUCAAGAACAACAACAACGUUUAUGGGUGAUGGUACUUAUGACGAAAUGUGUUAUGGAUUCAUAACUUACUAUCCUAAAGCCUGGAAGGAUGUAACAGAAUGCGCCUUCAAUAUCAGUGACGUCAUGCAUGGUUGCCGUUUCAAAGACCUUCAUGACCCUAGCAAACCAAGCAUGAAGGCAACCUAUGACCUCGUGAUGGAAAAUUGUUCACCCCAUAUUGGAUGUAGGAAGGAAUGUUUGCCUGUUGCUAGGCGGCUGAAACAGACUUCAUGCUACAGAAAAGGUACUGUAAAUGAGUGGGCUCGAUUGAAUAUAGAGAAGGAAUCGCCAGAUGUACUUAAAAUGAUGAAGUUUUACGCUGCACUCGAUUGA